AUGUCAUCUUCGAGGAGGAGGCGAGAUGGAGGAGGUGAUGGAAAUCCAGACGAGGAUGGGAGUGAUUAUAGGAAUUUCCCGCCGUCACCGUUACUUCCGCCAUCACCUUUACUACCACCAUAUCCGCCCUUCAAUUGCUCAUAUCUCCCCGGCAGUCCCUGCCAAGAAUCAAGAAAUGGAACGACGGUGACUUCAGUCAUCACGAUCUCGAGUUUCACAACAAUUAUAACAUCCACCAUAUCUUCAAACGUCAUUUCUACAUCCACGGAAAUUAGCUAUUCUGUGACCCCAAUUAUUAUACCACCCGACGCCUCGAUGACGGCCAAUCUCGCUGCCGAAACAUCACUUUUUGAGGACGCCGCUGCCUUAACAAGGACCAAUACCACCGCAACUGUAGCUCUAGGAAUUAUAGCCAUUCUCCUCAUAAUCGGAAUAUCCAUCUUCUUCUUCAUUUAUAUCAGGCGGCGGCGGCGCUCUCAAGACAACAACGACGGAGAAUCACCGCCCUUAACAUCGUUAGGGCCCAAUAGGCCACCUCGUCCUCAAUCAUUCCGCCCAACAACCUCACGAUCCAUCCUGGACGAACGACCGGCAACAUCAUUAUCCAUGGGCCCUCGACCUGCUGGUUAUGGCGGCCUAGCUCUAAAAUCACACCCCGUUAAUGUUUCUCGGCCAAAGGUGGCUAAACGCUCAUCUUCAGCUCCGAAUCUUAAACCGCAGGAUCGACCACCUCGAAUUCCUACAUUAAGAGGGAUUCCGGCUAUCAAUAUUAUGCCCACAGUGCAUGAUCCGGAUUCUCGGCCCGGCACAUCUAGCAGUGCAGCUAGAAUGCCUAUGUAUCAUGAGGCCCUGCAACAAGAGGCUCAGAGGGAGAGGGAGAGACUUGAGAAGGAGAGUGCAGGGAGAUUGGGUUUGCCUGUUAUUGAGAGGAAGAGGGAGAGUUCAGACACGGUUGGGAGUGAGAUGGUGAGGUUUGCUGGCCCAGGGAAUGGCGGGAAGAGGGAGGGAGUGUUGCAUAGUACAAGAGCAAGUUCGGGAGUGUUCCCGGAGGGGGAUGAGAAGGAUGAGGAACGCAAUUGGAGUAGUAGAGGCAGUGUUGGGAGUACCGAUGAUGAUGGAGGAAAUAAGGAAGAGGAGGGGAGGAAGGGCGACGAGAAAAAGCAAGAGCAUGAAAAGCUCGGAUGA